UUCUUUGUCUUUAUCAUGUCGUAAGCCUCUCCUCAUGGAUUUCUAAUGUUUCCAGGGGUGAAUUAUUUAGAUAGGCUGCCAGCAGGGAGCUACAUGAUAGCACAGACUUAAGAGUGAAGAGAAGGGAUGGUGUACUGCAGAUCAGGUAAAAGGGUACCUCAUGGUUCACCUGUCCUUCUCUCUUCUCCUUUCCUCCCUUUUGAUUGGAGGUGAGUGUAAUUGGAGAGUUGAAAUGCAAUACUCAGCUCUAUUUUCUGCUUUUGUAGCCACCCUCUUUGUUGUUUUUACUGAUGCCUGACUCAAGUGAGCAGUCGCAUUUCUGCGGGUCGGUGGGCCAGAGUGUUCCUGUGUGGGGAGAGGGACAGAACGACAGGUCGGCAAGUCGCUGUCACUACUGCGGUACCUUCACAGGGCGUAGGAGUUCAUUACCACUUGGUGAAAGAGACAGUAAACUAGGGUUUUACCAUAAUCUGGAUCCUAGUGAGGAGAAGAAUCAGCUCUUUCAGUCUUCUUUUUAUAGACAGGACCGGCAUGGACACAAGCUGUUGAGGAAAAACUCCGUCCCUGAUCUUGGCUCGAACUUCUACAUCAGGCAAGCGAUGGCAGGUAGAGCCUCCGUGCCACCUCAGGAUUACUACCUGGCUGAUGCGACCUUAUCUGGUCAGACACUUGAAGAUUCUGGGUAUUAUAGGGAUAACCAGCACUUGCUCAACAGAUCAGCUUCACAUUAUGUGCCCAUCCCUGGGGGAGUGAGGCCUACAUGGGAUCAAGGACUAGCAAGGGCCACACCUUCCGUACUGGCCUCUGCCUCGACCACUACAGGCGUGCCUCCUCCCCCUCUGCCUCCACCUCCUCCCCCUCCUCUCCAUGAGCUGAGCCGUUUGUACAGGGAAACUCUGGGAUCUAAGAUGAUCCCAGACAUCCAUCGUGUUGGUGGCAGCGCUUCUACUCCCGCCGUCUACGGAGUUCAGCAGGCUCAGCCUAUUUACGCUGCCGAGCCAUCAUCUCUCUCUGCUCGUGAACUUUUUAAUAGCAUCAACGGUCUGUCCCUGGAACCGCGCCAGCAAGCUGCCACCAUUUCAGUGGUGGAUCCAGCAUCUCAGGGAAUGGACGGAGCUCUGCCGCGGGCAUAUGGAGCUGUAGCCUCCCAGAGGCUGCCUUAUGAUCCAAACUAUGAUCCCACCGCUGCCAUGGUGGCUGCCACGGCUGGAAUGCCACCUGGCCUUCCUUCUAUCCAUCCGAGUGCGGCAGACCCCAAGAAGAUGGUUGACCCUACUUUUCUAGCUUACUUGCGAGCUGAAGGUCUAGCUGAAAGCACUAUUACUCUCCUGCUACAACAUGGCUUUGAUUCCCCUGGCACACUGGUGAUGAUGGAGGACCACGAUAUCCGAUCUGUGGCCCCAAACUUGGCUCAGGCCCGUGUUCUGUCCCGUGUGGUGCUUGGAUGCAAGACUGGUGGACCACCUGCUCGUACCAGAUCUAACAGCUUUAGUCAUCGCAACGACCUCUACAUGCAACCGCAAGGUUUGACCAUGGACCCCAGCCUAAUGCAGCAACCUCCAACCAACAUGCAGACCAUGUCCCCAAGGAUGGGAGAGUUUCUUGGCAGAAGACCAAGUAGUGCACCUUCCCAACAUCUCCUGGAAACAACCACCUAUCCAGGAACAAGGCCCCUCACAACUGGAGGUUUUCCAGUCAGUCCUGGAGCCUAUAACAGCAUCACGACUCAAGGAAGGCCCCUGGCCAUGUACAACCCACACACUGGUCUCGCCAUGUCUGCUCUUGGUCAGCAGCCUCCACCAGCUCCAGGUACCCCUGGAGCUGCACCCAAAACGUUUUCUGGCUCCUAUUCCCCUAUGGAGCUGAUGAAGAGAGCCCCGAAUCUUCCCCCAGCAUCACCUAUAGCAGCAGCAAGCCCCCUCCACAGUCCUCAACUUCUCCGUAAAGGGAUGAAUGCCGCUCCUGAGAGCACCAUUGUUCCCGUCUCUUCUUCCACCUCUCUCCAAGGGCAAAACCCUCCCAAUAACAAGAUGGUGGGACGCCGCACUGGCCCACCCGUUAUAGUCUCAACCAUGAUCUCCGCACCUGACACAAGUAUUCGACCCCAAAUCAUGAACGGGCCAAUGCACCCGCGUCCAUUGGUGGCACUGCUGGACGGUCGCGACUGCACUGUGGAGAUGCCCAUCCUGAAAGACUUGGCGACUGUCGCCUUCUGCGACGCUCAGUCAACACAGGAGAUCCACGAGAAGGUUCUAAAUGAGGCAGUGGGAGCUAUGAUGUACCACACCAUCACCCUGACCAGAGAAGACCUGGAGAAGUUCAAAGCGCUGCGCAUCAUCAUCCGCAUCGGCAGUGGCUACGACAACAUCGACAUCAAGGCUGCUGGAGAGCUGGGCAUCGCUGUGUGCAACAUUCCCUCUGCAGCAGUGGAGGAGACGGCAGACUCCACCCUGUGCCACAUCCUCAACCUCUACCGACGAAACACCUGGCUCUACCAGGCUCUCCGGGAGGGCACGCGGGUCCAGAGUGUGGAGCAGAUUCGAGAGGUGGCCUCCGGAGCCGCCCGCAUCCGUGGUGAAACCCUCGGACUCAUCGGUUUUGGUCGAUCAGGCCAGGCAGUUGCAGUGCGGGCCAAGGUCUUUGGUUUCAACGUCAUUUUCUACGACCCGUACCUUCAGGAUGGACUGGAGCGCUCACUGGGCGUCCAGCGCGUCUACACCCUGCAGGACCUGCUCUACCAGAGCGACUGCGUUUCUCUGCACUGCAACUUGAACGAGCACAACCACCACCUCAUCAAUGACUUCACCAUCAAACAGAUGCGUCAAGGUGCGUUCCUGGUCAACACCGCGCGAGGGGGCCUGGUGGAUGAGAAGGCUCUGGCCCAGGCGCUGAAGGAGGGAAGGAUACGUGGAGCUGCCUUGGACGUCCACGAGGCUGAGCCCUUCAGUUUUGCUCAGGGCCCGCUGAAAGAUGCUCCGAACCUGAUCUGCACACCGCACACAGCCUGGUACAGCGAGCAGGCCUCUCUGGAGAUGAGGGAGGCGGCCGCCACGGAGAUCCGAAGAGCCAUCACCGGACGAAUCCCCGACAGCCUACGGAACUGCGUCAAUAAGGAGUUCUUUGUCACCACGGCACCAUGGGGGGUCAUGGACCAGCCAGGAGUUCAUCCUGAGCUCAACGGUGCCGCCUACAGCCAAGUGAACCAAACUCUUGCAGCCGUAACGACCGGCGUCCCCCAAGACAAAAUUAAUGCCUAGAUCAGGAGCAGAUACCCACCGGGUGUGGUAGGAGUGGCUCCAGGCGGCCUCCCGGGGGCAUUAGAGGGCAUGGUGCCCGGUGGGGUCCCCAUUGCCCACACCCUGCCCUCUGGUACACACCCCUCCCAGGCCCCGUCGCCCAACCAGCCCUCCAAACACGGCGAGACCAGAGAACACCUUACCGAGCAAUAGCAGCAGAAAGGGACAGCGCAACACCUCCAUCCGACCCGAUGACGCUCAGAACCGACCGAUCACAAAGCAACUGACCAACUGGGACCAAGAGACAGUGAAACGACACAAGGCGGCUGUUCGAUCAGCCCGACGCGGGAUCAGAAGUGUUCCAGGGGAAUUUAUACUUUUCAGUUUUUACUAUCGUCUCUUUGGGUUCUGUACCGACUCUACUCUUUGAUGAUGUUUUUGUUUUGGUUUUCCUCCUUCGGGACCUGCCUAUGAUUGUGGACACAGAGUCCAGUUUUUAGUGCUCCGGGAUCCCCAUUGAGGCUGCUCUCCUCCUUGUACACUCAUGGGAACCGUAGGCCCACUUCUCACACCACCACGGGAAGAACAAACACGGGAGAAAAGGCAUUGCGUGCUACUGGACCUUAUGACCUCCCCUCCCUGAUGUCCCUCCACCUUUCCGCCCCACCUAUGUAAUGUGUGUUGUUUAGACCCCACAGUUAUGCCUCACAUCAUUUUCUUUAUGUUAGUCUGAAUGAUUAUAAACGAUCAUUUUAAAUACAUAUGUCAGAUAAAAAGGUCAAGAUUUUGUAGGGUUUAACCCCUCAAAGACGCAGUAACAGACAGUCACCACUAGAGGUCACUCUUACACUGUGCUGACCAUCUUCAGUUGUCUGAAGCCACUUGUAGUUGAACACUAAAAUCUACUUUGUACAUUUGACUGCAGAUGAUGUUUUAAGUUAUUUUAAAUGUUCUUUUCGUUUUAGCUUAGCUUUUAGGAAAAGUCCAUCAUCAAAUGAGGCAGCAGAAAUGACACUUCCUCCUAAUUAUGAGCACAUGACAAACCAGAGGCAGGAAAGGGUUAAUGCGAACUUCAGUUAAUAACUCAGGAAAACAUGUUUUUGCAGAUUUUUUUUCUUCCCAUCAAGAUUUCGUCUUUAAAGGAGAAAACAGACUAAUCAGGUUAGUCUGACAGCUUUCUCCACCAUUGUGGUAUUUUUCUAAAACAAGGUGCAUCACCACUUUUUUAACUUAAGAGUUUUGAGGAGUCCUGUUAGAUUUGUAUUGCCUAGUUAAAUGUUCCUAUAACCAUAGUCCUAUGUGAUCCAGCCCUCUCCUUCCUCUUUUUGUUCUAUUAAAGGCCAGUUUUUUUGUUUCGGCGUGGGCGGGGGGGCAUCCUGUACUCCGUAAGAGCAAUAGCUGAAACUCUGUAGUGUCCCAACAAUAGCAGAAGAGGCAGCCAGCAGUAUGUUUUGUUUUUAGUGUUGAGUAUUUGUAUUUGUUUCUUGUACAAGGUGAACAUUUAGCAUUCAGUGCAGUUCAAAUAAAGAGAAGAUUCUGAGAA